AUGGCUUAUGUCCGGAUCUCUGAAUUAAGAUUUGUUUUUUUUUUCAAUUCAACACUCACCUCACCGUAUAAAGAUCAUGACUCAUCUCCAUCGGCCUGUGUGCAACCCUCUGGAACAAUAUCCCCAAGCAAAUAUGAGACCCCUGUCACUCUGCUGCCAAUCAAUUGGAGCUGGAAGAUGAUGUUCGACGUGAGCUUACAAUGGAUGAAAUGA